AUGCAGUGGGUGGCGCAGAUGAACAGAAGGGGACUCCGUGUCGCAGAGAUGAACGGCAGAAGACUCAGUGCUUUGCCAAGUGUCAGAUGCCAUGUUGGAAAGGAGGCGGGAAGAAGACGCACAGGUGAGAUAGAGGUAAAUGAAGAAGACGCCACCCAGGGAGACGUGGAAGAGAAAAAAGACGACUGCCCAAUAGAGAUAGUCGCACACUGUCUCCCUGUGUAG